UCAUUUUAAAGAACUGCUACUUCGAACUUCGUUUCCCAGGAGGCAAUGCAAACAUUCAAUGCGUCAGGUGUAGCUGUCCAGACAAACGGAGAGGGGGACUCAGCGAUAUGCUUUUAAUGCGGUCUCUAUUUUAAAGAUUAUUUAGCUAAGUCAGAGGAGACCCGGCCGUCGCUCACCUGGCCCAAUUUAGCGAACCCCAUCCCCCCCGCCCCGACACCCUUGCGCACAGUCAUGAGCGGCAGCGGGCGGCCCAGGGCCAGCUCGUUUGCCGAGCCACCCGGUGCUCCAGGAGCCGCUGCAGCCGCUGCCGGAUCGGCCACUGCGGGGGGGAACACUGCAGGGAAGUCCGGGGCUGCACAGGCCUCAGGGAGCAGUUCGUCUGGGUUCGGAAACUUGAAAUUAAGCAGAGACAGCAGCAAGGUGACCACGGUGGUGGCCACGCCGGGGCAGGGGCCCGACCGCCCGCAGGAGGUGUCCUACACGGACCACAAGGUGAUCGGGAACGGCUCCUUCGGCGUGGUGUACCAGGCGCGCCUCAUCGACAGCCAGGAGAUGGUGGCCAUCAAGAAGGUUCUGCAGGACAAGAGGUUCAAGAACCGUGAGUUACAGAUCAUGAGGAAGCUGGACCACUGCAACAUCGUCAGGCUGCGCUACUUCUUCUACUCCAGCGGGGAGAAGAAAGAUGAGGUGUACCUGAACCUGGUGCUGGACUUUGUCCCAGAGACGGUGUACAGGGUGGCUCGGCACUUCAACAAGGCCAAGACGACCAUCCCUGUAAUCUACGUCAAGGUGUACAUGUACCAGCUGUUCCGCAGCCUGGCCUAUAUCCAUUCCCAGGGCGUCUGCCACAGAGACAUCAAACCCCAGAACCUGCUGGUGGACCCGGAGACCGCCAUCCUGAAGCUCUGCGAUUUCGGGAGUGCCAAACAGCUGGUGCGUGGGGAGCCCAACGUGUCCUACAUCUGCUCGCGGUACUACCGCGCCCCCGAGCUCAUCUUCGGGGCCACCGACUACACCUCCAACAUCGACAUCUGGUCGGCGGGCUGCGUGCUGGCCGAGCUGCUGCUGGGGCAGCCCAUCUUCCCCGGGGACAGCGGGGUGGACCAGCUGGUGGAGAUCAUCAAGGUCUUGGGGACCCCGACGAGGGAACAGAUCCGCGAGAUGAACCCCAACUACACGGAGUUCAAAUUCCCACAGAUCAAAGCACACCCCUGGACAAAGGUGUUCAAGCCUCGCACGCCCCCGGAGGCCAUCAUGCUGUGCUCGCGGCUGCUGGAGUACACGCCGGUGCGGCGGCUGUCGCCCCUGGAGGCCUGCGCCCACGCCUUCUUCGAGGAGCUGCGCCAGCCCGGCGCCCGCCUGCCCAGCGGCCGCGACCUGCCCCAGCUCUUCAACUUCAGCCCCGUGGAGCUGUCCAUUCAGCCCCAGCUCAACCCCAUGCUCAUUCCUCCUCACGCCCGCGCACAGGCCACGCCCACCUCGCACGAGGGCGGUGUGUCCGACAGCCCAGCCCAGCCCAGCUCAGCGCCAGGACCUCUUAGCAACAGCACCUGAACACUUGCCCAUCUGUGCCCCUCCCCUCCCCCAUACUUCCCUGAAACUCUUCUGUUUGUCUGUCUCCCCCUCCAGACCUCCUUUUCUCCCACUGCCUCCUCUCCUCCUCCUCAUUCCUCUUUUUAUUCCUUACCGGCUCCAAACUGUAGUAAGCAGAUAAUACACUUUGACACACAUGCACACAGACACGCACCGAUUAGCCCGUUAGCCCAGCCCAUGACCUCACUGCAGCUCUAGUGUAAGUGUUCAGUUCUGCGGUAGGGUAGCAGAGUGGGAGUGUCAUUGUCACAGACAGUGACCCCCGUCAGUCCAGUUUUCAUGCACCAGUUAGACUGCCUGGUCAGUGGAAGCCUCACUUUGGUCCAGUAUCCGUACCCGAUGAACCAAGCUAGUUCUGAUCAGCGACUCAUCCGUCUGGGUCCCUCUGAAUCUCAUUAUUGCCGGUAAUGAUAUCUGCAACGUACCAGAUUGUUUCUUUUUCUUUUUUUUUUUUUUUUUUUUUUAAACAGGAGUUUUAAUAAGGGAAGGGGCAGGUGGUCUGUAUAGUUAGCACAAUUUUUUCUCAGUUUUUUUUUUUUUUUUUUUUUUUUUAAGAAAUGUUAAUUUAUUUGACUCUUUAGACUUUGUUUUUAUGACGACGACAAUGAAAAGAUAUCAGUGUUCUGGCAGUGCGUACCGCAGGGUCGACGCCCGAUUGCACAGUGUAAGGGUUACUCUCCCCUCCCCGCGGCUCUCUUGCCCUCUCCUGCUUUGACACGGUAGCUCAGGACCAACAACACUGAUGACUAGCGCUGGACCCCCCCGGCCCAAAUCGCAGUCCCGGGAGCCCGGGAGCUCGUUCGCACACACACAACCGUAGCGUGGAUUCGUACUGUACCAAUAUCUCAGCUGCUGCUACUCUACCAGUUAAGGCCAGUUUGUGAUGGCGCUCUGUUUCAGAACAGGCUGAGGGGGGAGCUCUCUGCCGCAAUCGGAGAAGGCGUCCCCUGCUGUGUUAGACCAGUGCCCAGGCAUGGCACGCCUCAAGUUCAGUUGGAAAAGCGUUCAUCCUCUGUAGUCCUCCAUGCUUCUGUCUGUUCUUAAAUGGUCAGUUUACGAGCUAAAACAGGGUCAUUUCCUCAUGGUUAUAUAAAUGGAGAAAGAGGCUGAGGUUUUUAUACUUUUUAUUAAAUUUUAUUUAAAAAAACAAAAUGGAAACUGCUUUUUUUUUUACAUGCCUGUAAAUGUAUUUAUUUUUCUUUUUGAAUGGACAUUGAAGUUUAUUAUUAUUAAUUUUUUAAUUUUUUUGUCAGGUUUAAGUUAGGAUGGAGAUGGGCUGUGAGUUGUGUAUUAACAUCCAAAUGUCCCACAGGGGCUAGAGCUGUUGCUGGUUGUUUUAUAGAACUGUUUGACAUUCAAAAGUGUCCAUGCGAAAAGUCUUAAUGUUAAUCGUUUUAGGAGGGACCUUUUUAAAAUGGAGUCUGCACAGCCGACCACCACCACGUGUACAUAAAUGCAUCAGUGUCAGUAAAGCGGACAUCAAAGUAAACGGAGGGGAGCUCUUAGGAUCACACCUAUUUAUCAAGGGAGCAAGGGGCCCGGGAGAGCUGGCUAGCGCGUGUUUGCGUUGGGGCCAAGUACCAGCCGCGUCAGGUUCAGGCUGCGUUAGAUAAGUGUUUGAGCACUCUGGUGCACUGAAGCUAGGGUAGAUGACUGGCAGACACGGCUGUGUUCAUUCGGUUUGGCAAGGUGCAAACUGCCCGUUCUCUGUUGUGCGAACGCUACCUCACACCGUCUCAUCCACAUAAGUCUUGCCCUUUUUUUUUUCUUUUUCUUCUUUUCUUUAACCAGAUGAUGAUUGCACUUGCAUGCCAUGGUAUGCACUUUUGUGCGUGUGUGCGUGCAUGCUUGCUUGUCUGUCUGUGAACGAUCGAGAGGGAGAGAGAGAGAGAACGUGAGAUUGAGUGAGAAAAGUAUGACUGAAUUGUCGGUGACUCGUGUGUAUCAGCAGUCUCAAUGUGCGGUGCAUAUUGAGCGGCUGUCAUGUUUUGUGUAUCCAAAAAUCUUGAUUGCAUGAAUUAUAGAGUGCUGUCCUCAUCACCGCUGUUCACAUCAGUAGGAAUUCAACGGUGGUUGGUUGUUACAUUAGUCUUAAUAUUCACUCUACCACUUGCCCCUCACUCCCACUGCUACAGAGAUGGAAAGCUUAGCUGGAUUCUUACCUUACCCUGUCUCUUUUUGGAGCCACCUUUCCCUUCCUCCCCCUUUACCUUUCUUCUGAAAUUAAUCUGUAAAUAUCGACUACCUUAAUUUUUUUUUUUUUUUGUUAUUGUUAUAUUGUGUUCUUUUUCUCUUGCGUAGGAGGGCUGGUUUGGGUGUGACCGGCCUUCAAUCACUUCAGUCUCAAGUCUGUAAAUAUGGUUAUUUUAAGUCCUGGGGUCAAAGAGGAGAAAAAAAAAAACGGUCUUUUAAAUUUUUUUUUUCUCUAAUCUCUCUCCCACCAUUUCUAUCUGGCUGUCUAUACCACCUCUCCUCAUCAAAUGUAAUUUUGUUGCUGUUGCUUUUAUUUAUUUUUUGUGUUGGGGAUUCUUUUUUUUUUUUUUCCUUGACAUGUAAUGUUGUCAAGUUCACCAUAUUCAGAUAGUGUCUUUAGAAAGAUCUGAGACAUCCAGUCAGCACUGUACAGUGAUUCUGGAGCCGUGAUACAUCAAACCAGUUUAAUGUGAAAGUGUACCUUCGUGGUUUUAAGAUUUACAGUGGUGGCGCGGGUGAACAUGGCCUGCGUUCCUGAAUGUGCCCGAGCCGUCUAGGACAGCGUGGGGAAUGUGUGCAUUCGUCGCGCGGACACGGACAUGAAUGGAACCCAGGAGACGAUGCGUUUCGCGCCCUCUCUUUUCUUUCCUCUCCCCACAUGAGCAGUGUUGUUGAAAGCCGGUGUGAAAUAUCUGUGAAAUGUGUGCGUGCGUCUGAGAGCUUGGACCUGCUGCUUGUGCGCGUGUCUGAGAGAAAAGUGCGUAAGCGUCAGAAUCGUCAGUGUCUGCGGAUUGAGAGCACGUUCCCCGAUAUUGUUCCCGUCUUAGUGUUUGUUCCCAGUUGUACUGCCAGCCCCAAAUGAAGAAAUGACUGUACAUUUUUCUUUUAACCGUAUUUUAUGGGUUGAUUUUAAUUUUUUUUUUUUUUUUUGCGUUCCUAUUCUGACAGCCUGCCCUGGGUGGAUGUUGGGAGGGAGAGGGAGACUGUGUUUGUUGGUAUAAAAUGAACUCAUUAAAGUGAUGAAACUCAAA